AUGAGGCAGCUGCCCAUUGCGAUACUUCAAGACGCAAACGUCGAAGCAGCCGUAGCACCAUUCAUCAAAGGUGCCAAGGUCUUAGACCUAGCUUGUGGGACGGGUUACUACUCCAAGAAAUUUCUCAAAUGGGGUGCGAAGCAGGUUGUUGGUGUUGACAUCUCGAAGGGAAUGGUAGGUGCUGCGAAGGCCACGUCAGCCACUCUGGAUGGAUUGAGUUUCCACGUUGCAGAUUGCUCCGUUCCAAUACGGUACGAAGACGGGCCAUUCGACGUGGUGUUUGGAGCCUGGCUGUUGAACUAUGCAUCUAAUGGCACGGAAAUGGCACACAUGUUUCACAACGCUUCGGUGAAUUUGAAGGGGAGCGGACACUUCAUUGGCGUCACGCCGCCUCCCACGAAUGACCCACGAGGACAUGUUGAGACGGCAUUGGCGGCUCGACCAGCACAGUAUGGUGACGUUGUCGUGACUAUUAUAAAGGACGUUGAAGAAGGGGUCGCCACGCAUUUGGAUGCAACGAUGAAAACGGGCAAGGUUGAGUUCGAUGCGUACCAUUUAAUCAAGAACGUGUACGAGAGCUUCGCGUUAGAGGGCAGGCUGGUGGGCGCUUUGACUUGGCGGCCGGUGGAUAGCCCGGAUAUUCAUAGCGAUGUUCUGGAAAGCCUCCGCAGUUCCUCUUGGGGUAAUUAUCUGACGGUACCACAUUUCAGCGUGCUAGUCGUUGCAAAGGCGUAA